CCUUCGCUCAGUAUAUAAAGCAGAACAACGUCGGACGGUGGACGGCUGGGGAUUCGCAGCCCGGGAUUGUAAAUAAGACCGCCAAAACUGUUUUAUUUACAAAAGUGAUGCCGGCUGUUUUAGAAUACCGUUCCCAGUUGUUUUAAGUUUUUUGCUCAUUUUUGGCUCUUUAUUUCUCGCCCAUUUCCGUGUGGUUUUUAGACUGCGCGUAUAAUGGCGAGCUCGGCUAACUCGAACCCAGUGCCUAAACUGUACAAGACUGUGAUUGAGGAUGUCAUCAGUGAGGUGCGAGAGUUAUUCCUGGAUGAGGGCGUGGAUGAACAAGUCCUUCUGGAGCUGAAAACGCUCUGGGAGAGCAAACUGUUGCAAUCCAAGGCAGUGGAUGGCUUCCAUACUGAGGAACAGGCAGCCCUGCAGGCCGUGCACCAGCAGCAACAGCAACAGCAGCAACCAUCGCAGCAGCAAAUUCAACAAGGUCAGCAGGUGACACAGCCGGUACAGGCCCAGCAAGCCAUCCUGCCUCCCCAGCAGCAACAAGCUCCCCAGCAGCAAGUCAUUGUACCAGAUUCCAAGAUUCUACAGCAUAUGACGACAACGGGGAUGAGUGCGGCAGCCACACAAGCUGCUCUUGCUCUGCCGACUGGGGUUACACCGUACCCACAGCUCAUCACCAGUUCAGGUCAGUUUGUGCAAGUUUUGCGCGCACCCAACGGGGCUCAGUACAUCAUCCAGCAGCCACCGCAGCCCAUCCUUCUGCAGCAGCAGAUGCAACCUGGCUCAGUGCAGGCUCCGGUCAUACAGCAGGUUUUGGCUCCUCUACAAGGAGGCCUUCCUCAGCAAACAGGAGUCAUCAUCCAGCAGCCACAGCUCGUCUUAGCUCCAGGAAAUAAAGUCCAAGGCAACACACAGGUGACGCAGGCAGCCGCGAUGGCGCCUCAGCCGGGUCAAGCGGCACAGGUGCAGCAAGUCCAGCAGGCCCAGGGUGCAGCGGUGCCACAGGCCCAGGUGCAGGCACAGGCUCAGCAGGCGGCCCCGGGUCAGCCUCAGCCUCCCAUGAUGCUACAGGUGGACGGCGCCGGAGACACCUCGUCAGAUGAAGACGAGGAUGAUGAAGAGGAGUAUGACGAGGAUCUGGAAGAGGAGAAAGACAAGGACGGGGGAGAGGAUGGGCAAGUGGAGGAGGAGCCACUGAACAGCAGUGAUGAUGUCAGUGAUGCCGAGGACCAUGAGCUGUUUGACACGGAGAAUGUAGUUGUGUGCCAGUAUGACAAGAUUCACAGAAGUAAGAACAAAUGGAAAUUUCAUCUGAAGGACGGGAUCAUGAAUUUGAACGGGAGGGAUUACGUUUUCUCCAAAGCCAUCGGGGAUGCCGAAUGGUGAAGGCCGGAAGACAAGGCCGAGCGACAGGAGCAGGAACUCUGUUACUCCUCCUAUCCACUUUAUGGACAAUAUCAAUAUCCUUCCAUAUCCCGUGACUGGAUUUGAUUGCAGGAAGCGUGUAGAGUUGUGAAGAAUCCGAAAAAGGAACGCAAGAUCCUUGACUACAAGCCGGAUGUCACUGGUCGCACUCGGCAAGCGAGCCCCGCGGGAUGAGAAACCGACAGCGAAAGGGAACGUUUGCCCUCCUUUUUGUUUCUCAGCCUUUUCCAUUUUUCCACGAGUGAAUCCCCACACAUUUCACAUGAUGCAGGUGUCGGAGGACCAGAGUGUGCUGACGUUGAAAGUGUGUCGAUGCGCUGCGAGUUGAUCGGCUGCUUAUGCUCGUCAGCACUUAAGUCCAAAUUUAAGAUUGUUGCCUUCACAUCUGCCAGAAUUAACUUCUGGCCUCACUUUUCUUUCUAGCCAUCCCUGGAAUUUCAGUCCCAAGGCCUGUUUCUGAAAAAGGUACUCGGAGUUAAGAGCGUCGCCUGGUAAUUGUUUUAAAGUUUCUUUUAAAUUGAAGGGUUAUAACAAAGAAGGUAAAAUAACUUAAAAGUUAAAUAAUUUAUAGCUGUAAAAAGACAUUAUUUUAAAUCUAACAAGUUAUAAUUCCAAAUAUUUUUGUUUUUGGCCCUUUUUUUUUUUUGUGUGUGUGUAGCGUCAUUCCAUGAAGUAAAAUCGAAGCAGAGCCAUGGCUGGAGUAUUUGCAUCUGCCCUGUUUCUUAAAUUGAAUUCUCUGCAGCCUUCAGUUUAUUGAUAAGCGCGUGUAUGCUUAAAGCAGGCGAGCACGACUGUAUGUGCGCGCGUUUGUCAAUCGCAUCACCGAGCACCGCUUAAACCUCCCAAAACGCAGUCUGUCACCUUUAGCUCAUCAGUGACGCGGUUUUCUAUUUAUUUCAUGAAAGUAGAAGCUUCUUUUUUUUUCCUGAUCUGCACCAAACUGUGCUCUUACAAUCAAAUAAGUGUUCCUUUUUUUUCUGUUGGCUGAACAAAGCUUGUGUAACAUUGUUCCCAGUCUUGGAUGUCCUUUUGUGCUUUCGUCUUUUGACUUUUAAGCCGGCAUGUUUUCAUCUGAGGAGUUCAAAUUUGGUGAGGAACGAGGGGAGUUUAUCAAAAAAAUGUUUUUAGUGAGCUGUUGCGGAAAUUUGAUAAAAUACGUGUUUUUUUUUUUUUGGUGUUUUUUUUUUUUUUGAGGGGGGGGCUUGUGAGUCAAAUGGCUGGUUCGUGGGCUCCCUGCAUUUAUAUUGUGAAUACACAUCAACCUUAAAAAGGAGCAAGACAAUGUUCUUUAUGUUCAUGUGAGCAACCUUGAUGUCUGUCGGCAUUAAAGCAGUCAAACAAAAGUUUGUGGCGGAAAUUCAAGUAAUAGAUUUUAUUCAGUAGCUCGAUGUGGAUUAUGGCGAGUCAUGGCCGUUCCCACAUACUGUACUUCAAUGUUGAGUGUGCCUUUUUGAUUUGUACUCCUGCUUUUCGUGUACUUCCCCAAAAAGGGUGUCUUGAGAAAUGUUCUCACCUUUGCUCUGUUGUGACUUCGAAUAGCUGUUCAAAUGUAUUGUUCAAUAAAACAUUUUAUAAAUGACA